AUGAAUAGAAAAUUAGUUUCCAGUGUUGAAUUAAAAAAUUUACCAGACAUAAAAAAUGAGGCACAAGUUGAAAGAAUGGGAAACAAACCCAGAGAAUUUUCUAAUAAAUUGGAAGAUUCUAGGACUUUGUAUUGUAUAUACCUGAUUGUCGCUAAUUCUACUCGUGCACCAUAUUCUUGGAUCACAUGUGGCAUCGCAAUUCCAGCAUUCAUGGGAUUUGUCCUUUUGAGCGUGUUCUUGGGAACCUACUACCCAAAGAAAAGGAUUAAAAAUAUCAAAUAA